GGAAACGGAGGAGCAAUGCGCUUCUCAGGAAGCGAAGGAGCGACGCGCUUCCCAGGAAGCCGAGGGAGCAAUGCGCUUCUCAGGAUGCGAAGGAGAAAUGUGCUUCCCAGGAAACGAAGGAGCAAUGCGCUUCUCAGGAAGCGAAGGAGCAAUGCGCUUCCCAUGAAGCCGAGGAGUGAUGCGCUUCUCAGGAAGCGAAGGAGCAUGCGCUUCCCAGAAAGCCAAAGGAGAGAUUUGCUUCCCAGGAAGUCGGAGACUUCACUUCCCAUAAAGCCAAUGACUAAUGCGCUUUCCAGGAAAUCGAAGACUAAAGCGCUUCCCAGGAAGCCGAAGGACUAAUGCGCCUCCUUGGAAGCGAAGGAGCGAUGCGCUUCUCCAGAAGCAGAAGCACACCCCAGUGAGCCGAAGAAACACUAAACAAGAGCGUCUUGAGUUAAAACUCUCAAGCCGUGGGGGCCACCCUACCUAGGUCGCAAUUAUGGUCUACUAGCGCUAACAACAAUGGACUAGCGAAGGAACUCUUAACGACUUGAGAGCUUUAGUUCAAGACAUCGAAAGAUAAGCAAGGGGCAGAGGAAAUGAUCACGCAACUCGCACUAGGGGCAAACCACAUCAUACGGAUUCGCAAGUAAGGCAAAUUAAUACACGAUUAACGCAUUAUAUUACUCCUUUCAUUCUUACAGAAUACAAGAAGUAAAGGGGC